CAGUCAACAAGCCAGUCAGCUGUGCAGCUAUUAAAAGAGCUCAAAUCCCAAAGUAUUGCAGUGGAGGGCCGGCCAGUUGUCGUGCUGGAGGAGCCGUGCUGAGGCGUGCAGCUCCAGCUCCUCAGGAGGCGAAUCAGACCUGACUACCUGCAGUCCUCUGGGAAACGAACCUUAAGAGCUCAUAGUUACAUAGAAAAAUGAUAGUAGAGGGUGAGAUGAGUUCCAAUAUGUCAGAGACGGACAGCCCUCCAGAGAUGGACCCUACAUGGACCACCACCAUCCUGGUGGUUCCCUGCGUUGUGGUGCUAACCGCUGGAUUUUUUUACCUCUAUGGCGCCAUUAUCAGCCUGCUGUCUAAAACAUCCGUACGCAAUAAGGUGGUGGUAAUAACGGAUGCUUUAUCUGGGCUGGGAAAAGAGUGCGCAGGUGUUUUUCACAGAGGAGGAGCCAGGCUGAUCCUCUGUGGGAAAAGCUGGGAGAAGCUGGAAGAACUGGCAGAUGAACUGGAAAACGCUUCGGAUCCUACAGUAACUUUCCCACCAAAGCUCGUGCUGCUGGACUUUGGAGACAUGGACAGCAUGGCGGAGGCGGUGGCUGAGGUUCUGGACUGCUACGGCUGCUUGGACAUCCUCAUCUUCAACAGCAGCAUGAAGGUCAAGGCUCCGGCGCAGAGUCUGUCUCUGGAGACGGACAAGCUCCUCAUGGACAACAACUACUUUGGACCCAUCACUUUGGCUAAAGGUGUGCUGCCCUCCAUGGUCUCCAGGAGGAGCGGUCACCUGCUGCUGGUCAACAGCAUCCAGGGGAAAAUCGCCGUGCCUUUCCGCACCGCAUACGCAGCUUCCAAACAUGCAGUCCAGGCAUUCUUUGACUGCCUGAGAGCCGAGGUGGAGGAGUUCGGCAUCUCCGUCAGCACCAUCAACCACACCUUCAUCAGCUGCUCCGCGGCGGUGCCGGCGGCCUCGACGUCCCUGCUGUGGCCCCUGCUGUUCACCAGGAAGCCAGGCGGCGUUUCUCCAGACGAGGUUGCCACUGAGAUCGUCAGGACGCUGAACAACAAGAGGAAAGAAGUGCUAAUCGCUCCCUCGCUUCCCAAGAUGGCCAUUUUUGCCAGAUCGUUCUUCCCUAACGUUUUCUUCGCUGUGAUGGCUGCAGGCGUGAAAAACUCUGCUGCCUCUGAGAACAUGUGAAGAUCAGUGACCUUUUAAUGAAGGUUAUCGAUUAACGAUUUAUGGUUGAAAAUGACCUGGAAUUGUUUUACCACUCUGAGACGACCCGUCAACCCAUAAACCCGUCAACCCAUCAACCCAUAAACCCGUCAAGCCUUCAACCCAUAAACCCGUCAAGUCUUCAACCCAUAAACCCGUCAAGCCUUCAACCCAUAAACCCGUCAACCCAUCAACCCAUAAACCUGUCAAGCCUUCAACCCAUAAACCCGUUCCACUCUGACAUAAUUAACUCUCGUUUCGAAUCCCGUUUGAUUAUUGGUCUCAUUUACGGGAAGGUUUUCUAGGUUUAAUUUCUAGCUUGUUAUUGCUGUUAUGAUGUAAUAACUGCUGUUAUGGUGUAAUAACUGCUGUUUUGGUGUAAUAACUGCUGUUGUGAUGUAA